GAUUGCUAACCAAUCCCUAUGGUCAUUAUGCUCACAGGUGUGGACGGAUUGGAAAUGUGCCAUCAAAAGGCAGUUGGCCGAUAAGAAGUGGCCCCAGAUAUAUGAGCAAUUGAGCCAAUCCUCCAGUUGGAUAAGUUCCAAGACGAUGAUCCGGAUACCAAUGAACUUAUGGGGGUUUCCGCCCCAACGUUUGCCAUGGUGGAAAUGUGGCAGGGAAAAGCCGGCGAUCUGUACGAAACGGAAGGACCUAUAAGCAGCAAAAUGGAGUCACAAAAUAACACCAGUUCCACUGGCGAAGCAGAAACUAAUUACAGGGCUUAUGGAAACUACAAGAAGCAGACCAAAAGGAUGAAUUCUGGUAGCCUAAACCAGCCACAAAAGAGAAGGAAGAUAGAGUCAAUCAAAAAAUCCAGCAGCAAAGAAAAUGCUUUAAAAGCAUUUUCUGCAAGUACCAAGAAGCAGUUCCCAACGGGGUUAGCCCCUCUAGUCUUUGAAACCCCUCCUAAAAGUAUAAAAACCCUGUCGAAACCGAGUCUGUCAGCUGAUACCAGGCUCAGAGUAAGUUCUGCUGGACCAGAAGACAGAGCUUCCCCUAAUGAAACUACCAGGACCGUCGCAGAAUCAAAUUUCCAUGACAGAGGAAAAGUCUGAAACACAAUCAAAAGAAAUUCUACCAGAAAAGCGAAAAGCUAGCAGCACAGAAGGCGAAGGCCAUGUGAAAAAAGUAAAAUUAGAUGCCAAUGGGCUUAAAACCAAGCGUCCGGGAUUCAGCGAUGAAAGAUACGACGAAACAUCGUAUUACUUUGAAAACGGUCUGCGAAAGGUCUAUCCCUAUUUUUUCACAUUCACCACGUUUGCUAAAGGACGUUGGGUUGACGAGAAAAUUCUGGACGUAUUUGUUCGUGAAUUCCGAGCUGCUCCGCCGGAGGAAUAUGAGCGCAGCCUGGAAGCUGGAAAAUUGACUGUUAAUUAUGAGAAGGUGCCCAAGGACUACAAAAUCAAACAUAACGAUCUGCUGGCCAAUGUGGUUCAUAGACACGAAGUCCCUGUUACUUCACAGCCCAUCAAGAUAGUGUACAUGGACAAGGAUAUUGUGGUUGUGAAUAAGCCAGCAUCGAUACCAGUACACCCUUGUGGACGAUAUAGACAUAACACGGUGGUUUUCAUCCUGGCCAAGGAGCACAAUCUGAAGAACCUGCGAACCAUCCACAGGUUGGAUCGACUCACAUCUGGUCUCCUUUUGUUUGGACGGACUGCUGAAAGAGCCCGCGAACUGGAGCUGCAAAUCCGAACUAGACAAGUGCAAAAGGAAUAUGUGUGCCGCGUAGAGGGACGCUUUCCAGAUGGCAUAGUUGAAUGCAAUGAGAAAAUCGAUGUCGUGAGCUACAAGAUUGGUGUUUGUAAGGUUUCGCCAAAGGGCAAGGACUGUAAAACCACAUUUAAAAGAAUUGGCGAGGUGGGCAGUGACAGUAUUGUUUUGUGCAAACCACUUACAGGACGAAUGCACCAAAUUCGAGUGCAUUUACAAUAUUUGGGCUAUCCCAUUUCAAAUGAUCCCUUGUACAACCAUGAAGUUUUUGGUCCAUUAAAAGGAAGAGGUGGAGAUAUCGGUGGAAUAACCGAGGAACAGUUGAUCAGUAACUUAAUUAGCAUUCAUAAUGCCGAAAACUGGUUGGGUUUGGAAGGUGAUCAAAUCGUAUCAUCGGAAAUAAAAGACGGAGCAACCAGUACUUCAGUAGUAGAAAACCCUAUCAAUGGUGAGACCGCCAAGCCAGUGAUUUCGGAAACCCCUGAUCCAAGUAAUGAAACAGCCACCCAAACGUGCUAUGAAGAGCCAGACAGGUCCUUUGAUCCAAAAAAGACAACUUCGGACCCUCAAUGUUCUGAAUGCAAGAUAAACUACCGAGAUCCCGGCACAAAGGACCUCAUAAUGUACUUGCACGCAUGGAAAUACAAGGGAGUUGGUUGGGAGUAUAAAACUGAACUGCCGGACUGGGCUUGUAACUCGAAUAUUGAUUACGAUCAAUUGUAAAUGGAAGAAUUCCUUGCAAACAUGAUGCUUAAGUAAAAAGUUGAAUUUUUACAUGGUAUACAAAAAUUGUGUUUCCAUCUUA